AUGGGCUCUGGGCAUCCCUGUUCCCCCCUCUUUCUUCCCCCCACUCUUCUGGGGUCGGGGGUUCCUUUCCCUUCCCAGUUGCUGUCCCUGGGUCCCCUCUUUCAUGUCCCACAGGCCACAGAGCCCAGUGUGUCCAACCAGCUGUUCUCUCCUCAAAGCAGCCCCCAAGCAAGUCCCUUCUCUAGGGUGUCCCUGAGGACAGCACAGAGGCGGGACUCAGAGACCCCAUUCCUCUUCACGCAGCCCUUACCCCAAGCCCUCUAGCUGUGUGGCUGGCAGUGUUGGCCACGUAGGGGCUCCCAUCCCCCCACCAUUGUGUCACAUGGGCUGCCAGGCUCAGCUCCCAGCUGCGUCCACAGUGACCUGGAUCAGGGUGGGGACAAGGACUGGACCCUCCUUCUCCAGAAGGCCUUCAGCUCUUGCCUUGCCAUGCAGUCACCUCCUUCCCCCUCUGACCCCAGAUCCCAAAGGUGCACCGUUGCCCCAGCCCCUUUCUGGCCCCAUGGGGUUUCUCUGAUGCCUUCAUCAUAGAGGCCCGGGGCUGGUCCGAUGGUUGGCAAAACUUGACUCCGGCCCAGUCCCCCUCUUGGGGACUUAGAACCCCUGCUGUCCUGGGAUCUGGCCUGCCUUUCUUUGGUCAGUCCCUGUGGUCCCCCACCAGCUCCCCCUCCCAUAGGGCUGCCCACCAAGCCCUGCCCCCAGCCCAAGAGGAGCCCCCACUGCCUGCGGGGCCGUGAUGUCUGGCCACCGGCUCACACCAAUGACUUGGUCCUGGGGUGGCAGAAGCAGCAGGUGACAGGAGCAGGGCCCCUGUCCCUCUCUUCUGGCCCUGUGGUACCCAGGCCACACGUUGUGCCCGCUCUUGGGGCUGACCGGCAGCAGGGACCACCAGCCGCUGCUACUGUGGGCCGCCCCGAGGCAGGGUGGGCAGGGCCUUUGUGGGUUAUGAGGACACAGAAGUCCCUGAGGCCCCCAGACCUGGCUCAGCCAACCUCCUUCCUCCCCCGGUUGCCCCCCACUCUAAAGCCUCCUCCCUCCCAGCAUCCACUGGCUCCAGGCUCCUCACAACAGCAGCUCAUAGACACAGGGCGUCUCCAGGUGGUCCCAGCCCUCCAGAUGUUUCUAGCUCUCCAGGUGGGCGCUGUUUUCACAUCUGCCUGCAUCCAUUCAUUCCUUCAUUCCUCACCUUUAUCCUGUUAUCUCUAUUUUUUAAGCUACCAGGAAGGAAAGGGAAGAAGAGAUCAUGAAACUGGGACCCCCAGAAGGGAGGAGUGGGCUUUGAACUUAGACAUCUACCUCAGAGCUCAAAUAGGUUGUUUAAAAUCACAUUCAAUUUUCAGAUGAAGGGGAACUUUAUAGUUUUUUUUUUUUUUUUUUUGAGACAGAGUCUCACUCUGUUGCCCAGGCUGGAGUGCAAAUGGCUUGAUCUUGGUUCACUGCAACCUCUGCCUCCCAGGUUCAAGCAAUUCUCUUGCCUCAGCCUCCCGAGUAGCUGGGACUACAGGCGUGUGCCACCACGCCCAGCUAAUUCUUGUAUUUUUAGUAGAGACGGAGUUUCUCCAUGUUGGCCAGACUGGUCUUGAACUCCUGACCUCAGGUGAUCUGACCGCCUUGGCCUCCGAAAGUGCUGAGAUUACAGUUGCGAGCCACUGUGCAUGGCCAGAACUUUAUAAUAAUUAAAAGAGACUUGAAGCUGGGUGUGAUGGUGCACACCUCUAGUCCCAGUUACUCGGGAGGCCAAGGCAGAAGGAUCACCUUGAGGCCAGGAGUUUAAGGCCAGCCUGGGCAACAUAGCAAAACCUAGUCCCUAAAAUUAAAAAAAAAAAAAGAAAAAGAAAAUAAAGGAGACUUGAAAUUUUUGAACUAAAUAGUGGUGAUGGCUACACAUUGUGAAUGUAAUUAACACCACUGAGUUAAACACUUAAAAUGGUUAAAAUGGCAAAUUGUAUGUUAUACCUAUUUUAUUACAAUAAAAAGUAUAAAAAAGAGACAAGAUAUUUAGGUGACUUACAGCAACCAAUUGCAACAAAACAAAAUGUUAAGAAAUGAUCUUUUUAUGAGGCAAUUGGAAAUCUGAACACUGAUCAACUAUAGGAUGAUUGGAAUUAUUAAUUUUGUAAAGGUGUGAUAAGAUACUGCACUUGGCUGGGCACAGUGGCACAUGCCUGUAAUCCCAGCUACUUGGCAGGCUGAGGUGGGAGAAUCGCUUGAGCUCAGGAGUUCAAGACCAGCCUGGGCAACGUGGCGAAAUCCCCGUCUUUAGAAAAACAAACAAACAAACAAAAAAGAUAUUGCAGUUGUGUUGUAAGCGUCCUUAUCUUUCAGAGCUACAUAGUGGAAUGUUUAUGGAAUAUUUAGGAUAAAUGAUAUAGGCAUUUGGGAUUUGCUGCAAAAUGACCCAGAGGCAGGGGUCAGGGGGAGAGGUAGAGAUGAGACAAGAGGUAGAGGGGAGAGGUAGAGGUAGCCACGAGCUGAUAAUUACAGACAAGAGAUGCGGAGUAUGUGGGGGCUCAUUAUCCUGCAUAGUCUAUCUUUGUAUAUCUUUGAACUUUUCAAGAAUAAAAAAGCUUAAAAAGUAUACAUGGCCUGGUCCUACCAGAGACUCACCCAAUGCUAGCCUCCAGUCAGGGAGAGCCAAGUUUGCAUUUUCACACGCAUCUCACACUCCUCUGCACUCUCAACUUGGAGAGCUCCAAACAGGGAAACCCCAAGCCUUGCUGGCUUCUGCCAACCCCCUGAGCAGAAGCAUGGGUCCCCCUGAUCACCACCUCACCACCCUCAUCCUGAUCUCACUGUACACUCCCUUUCCCGGUCUGCUAAGUAGCGGGUGUUUUUCCUUGACACUAACGCUACCGCUAGACCACAGUCGGCUUGGCAACAGGUGUCUUCCCAGAUGCUGGCGUUACCGCUAGACCAAGGAGCCCUCUGGUGGCCCUGUCCGGGCAUAACAGAAAGCUCGCACUCUUGUCUUCUGGUCACUCCUCACUGUCCCCUCAGCUCCUAUCCCUUUAUGGCCUGGUUUUUCCUAGGUUAUGAUUGUAGAGCGAGGAUUAUUAUAAUAUUGGAAUAAAGAAUAAUCACUACAAACUAAUGAUUAAUGAUUCAUAUAUAAUCAUAUCUAAGAUCUAUAUCUAGUAUAACUAUUCUUAUUUUAUAUAUUUUAUUAUACUGGAACAGCUCGUGCCCUCGGUCUCUUGCCUUGGCACCUGGGUGGCUUGCUGCCCACAUCCACCAAGUGCACUUUGGGAGGCUGAGGCUGGAGGACUGCUGGAGGCCAGGAGUUCAAUACCAGCCUGGGCAACAUAGGGAGGCCCCCCCCACCCACCAUCUCCAAAAAAA